AUGGAAGUUUAUCCUCUCAACUCUUCCGGUUCCCCAACCUCGAGCGGCAAAAGCGCUAGAAAAGAUGGCAAGAGACUGAAAAAGCCUCCGUGUAAGCCUUUCCGGAACAGUUCCCCCAGGGCUUGGAAGAACAAGCUGCCGGUGGCCCCGCCACCCCCAACUCCGACAAGGGUGUAUAAGGUGGAGUCCGACAAGUUCAAAGAGGUUGUUCAGAUGCUCACCGGGGCCGGCCCUGAGUCACUCCAAACCCCUCAAGAGCUGGUUGAGAGGAAUCCUCCACCAGCGCCAAUUAUCACGCUUGAUGUUCUUGAGGCGUGUAGAUAUCGGGUUUAUUACCAGGAGAAUUCACUCAACGAGUAUCCUUUUCCCUGGAAACCAAACCAGGAUCCCUUAGCGGAGCCAGACUUGAUCAGAGCAUUGUGUACGUCUUCCUCCUCCUCCUCUCCUAGUGGUUGGUGGUCCUCUGUCCCGCUCUUGAGCCCCGGGAGUCUGCCGAGUUUGGAGUCGGGGGCACUCCUCUAA